UCUGCUUUUGCUUCUUCUGCUUCUUGUGUGUUCUGAUUCUCUGCUCCAGAAGCCUCUUUGCCCUUUUUCUCUUGCUCUGCCUUGUGUCUGUAUACUCUGACUUUUCCAGUCUCUCCCACCGCUACCAUAUAUGUUCAGCAUGUCCUUUUUCCAAUCAAUAAGAGGUUUCACAUCUCGUACUUCGAAGAAGAACAAGAAUCCUCAAUCUCCCCAAGCUUCUAAUAUAAAUUUUAAUGCCUCCAGCUUGAACAACAUCAACAACCCAAAUAACAAUCUUAUAUCCUCCAAUACUUUUUCUUCUGUUAAUUCAUCUUCGCUAAACAAUGCAAGAGGCCAGCCAACAAGAAACAACAAUUUUCCAAUUUCUUCAAAUGCUUCAAUGCUAACUAGCAACUCUUCCAACAAUAACUCUUCCUACAAUAACAUAUCCACAACUCAAACAUCUAAUUCUCAGUACUCCAAUUCAAAUCAAAACAUCCCUCCCAAUAACAAUAAUCAAAAUUCAACUCAACUUGUCAACUUGCUCAAUAACAAUAAUGGCGGCUCCUUUGCCAUUAAUAACUGUAUGACUAAUGGUGUUAUCGACCUUAAUGAUCCACCAUUAUUUUUAUGCGAUCCAUUUCUUAGAAGUGCUGUUGUUAAGGGUUCUUUCAAGACCAUUGUUCAACUACCAAAGUAUGUUGAGUAUAAAGAAUGGUUAGCAUUGAACGUCUUUGAGCUAUUCACAAAUUUAAACCAAUUUUGCGAUAUUAUCAUCGAUUUAUUACAACCUGAUAUAAUCAAUUCAACUCCAAAUAACAAUGUCCAAGUUGUCACCUUUUAUCACGUUGAUCCUUUCACAAACCAAAGUGUGAAUUUACCAUCAAAGAAAUACAUGGAAUUUGCUCUUAAUGUUAUUAACGAAAAAAUCAAUGAUCAGUCUGUCUUUCCAACAAAAAAUGCUAUCCCCUUUGCUACAAGUUUUAUGAAAGAUUGUAAAAAAUGCUUAUCUGAAAUGCUAAAAAUAUUCGGUCAUAUUUAUUUCAACCAUUUCGACAAAAUCAUCCAUCUAUCUCUCGAAGCACAUUUUAAUUCUUUUUUUUCUCAUUUUAUAAGUUUUAUCAAUGAAUUUGACUUGGUUGAUAAACAUGAAUUAGUACUCUUAAAUCCUCUUAUAAAGUCUUUAGAAAAACAAGGAAAGAUUUCCUAUCCAAAUCCUGGUGAUCUUGAGUUUUAUCAAUCUCAACAAGCAAAUUAAUCCAGAACUAUAAAUAUACCACAUAUUAAUUAUUAUUAUUAUCACUAUCACUAUUUCCACAGUUUUUUUUUCCUUUAUUUUUUUUUUUUCAAAUUUUGUUUAUCCUUCGUUAAUUGUUAUCGUUUUUUCCCCCUUGA